UGGCUUAGCCGUGGCUCAAAGUGUCGAAACCAGAUGGUUGUUUCGACUAUCAACUAGCAUUCUGGGCAAAACCCUCUUAAAAACUCUCUCUCCUCCAACCUGCCGCCGCUCUUCCUCUCUCCUCUACCGUGUUCGCCGACUCAGUAAAAGCCCACCAAGCAAGGCGGUUUAUCUACAAUCCCAGCUUCACUCACUGCCAAUUUAUUUGCUGUUGAUUAAGGUGAAUUAAGAAUCAUGGAGACUAAAUCACGUAGACAAAAGCGAAAAGAAUCUCUGUUAGCAAAAAAUCAGAAAAAACAUCAAUCAUGGCUUCAAGACCAGAAAUCACAGAGGAUGAAGAGAAAAUCAGGGGAUUUUAAGUUGAAAAAGGAGAACAAAAUAAAGAAUUCACAAAGUCAGUUUUUUAAAGAAAAUGACAUUGUGCAACGAGUUAGUGAAUUGAAGUCUGAGAAAGAUCACGAGGUUAAUAAAUCAAAAAUGGUUAAAGGGAAGAAGGGUUUGAAAAGAACUUCAAGAACUAAGUUUGAAGAGUAUCUUGAAAUGGAGAUGCCAAAUUCUGACAUGCUUGCUCAAGAGGACUUGGAAUUGGAGAGGAAACUCACAAAGAAACUCAAGGUGAAGGGUGGUAAAUUAAGGGGAGAUGACGAUGGUCUUAAUAUAUUAUUUGAAGAUGUUCCAUCUGCUCUUGAAUCUUGGAACAAAGAAGUUCUGGAUGAAGGGUUUUCUGAUGAGGAAGCUGUGGACCCUUUUUCGAGCAAGAAGCGAAAGAAGAAAAAGUCGGUGGAGCAGGCUUUCGAAGAUGAUAUGACAGGUGAUUCAACUAGUGAAGCUUCUGAGCUGAAGGAGCAUGCAGAGACAGCAUUGGAAGAAAUUUCUGCCAAGGCUCCAUCACGGAAGAGACGUAGGAAGAGAAAGUCUUUGCCGCAAGGACAAGAAGAUGAUAUGGCAGGUGAGACAGCGCUUGGUGUAUCCCAGCUUUCUGAAAGCCAUGAUGCAGAGGUAGCAUUAGAUGAAGCUUCAGCCAAGGCACCUGCAAUGGAGGGCAAUGUAAAAUAUGUUGCUCCUCACUUGAGAUCUUGUGCUAGGAAUGAAUCGGAGGAGCAAACUCAAAUGCGUAGACGUGUUCGAGGUCUUCUAAAUAGGCUGUCUGAAUCUAAUGUGGAAUCAAUUACAGGAGAAAUGGCCACAAUUUUUCGUUCCGUCAGUCGCAGUGUCAGCUCACAGAUUAUCAGUGAGGAGGUCUUGGCAUCCUGUUAUAAUGGUCCUCGUGGCAAUGAACAGCAUGCUGCUGUCUUUGCAGCUUUUGUUGCUGGCAUGGCUUCUUUAGUUGGCAUGGACUUCAGUGCAAAACUUAUGGCCUUACUUGCCAAGAUUUUUGAGGAGGAGUAUCUCAAAGAAGACAAUCUUUCGUUGAGAAAUCUCACUCUCUUGCUAUCUUAUCUCUGCAUCUUUGGAGUUUGCUCAAGUGACUUAAUAUAUGAUUUUCUGAUCAUGUUGAGCAAGAGGUUGACAGAGAUUGAUGUUUCUACCAUCCUGACAGUUUUACAAUGCUGUGGGAUGAAAAUAAGGGGAGAUGAUCCUGCUACCAUGAAAAAUUUCAUUCUUAGUGUUCAAAACAGGGUGAACGAGUUAAAGACUUCCUCUGGAGAUGGCCAGGCUAAAAUAAAUGGCAAAAGAAUGGAAUUCAUGCUUGAAACAAUAUGUGAUAUCAAAAAUAACAAGAAAAAGCCCAAGGAGGAUACAGUGCAACACACUCGAAUAAAGAAAUGGCUGCAAAAGUUAAGGGUUGAAGAUAUUUUAAUAAGAGGGCUUAAAUGGAGCAAGCUGCUUGAUCCUGACAAGAAGGGCCAAUGGUGGUUAUCUGGGGACAUGGCCUCUGCAACGGAUAAUAUUGAAGAGGUUGCCAGCAGAAUUGACAAAGAGGCUCUUGAAGCCCAGAAAAUGCUGGAGCUUGCUGCUGCACAGAGGAUGAAUACAGAUGCCAGGAGGGCAAUCUUUUGUGUCAUAAUGAGUGGGGAAGACUACAUCGAUGCAUUGGAAAAGCUUUUGAGAUUGGAUUUGCCUGGAAAGCAGGACCGAGAUAUUAUGCGGGUUCUUGUGGAAUGCUGCUUGCAAGAGAAGGUGUUUAACAAGUAUUACACUGUUCUUGCGGCCAAGUUGUGUGAGCAUGAUAAAAACCACAAGUUUACCUUACAGUUUUGUCUCUGGGACCACUUGAAAGAGCUGGAUUCAAUGCCACUUAUACGAUCGAUGCACCUAGCAAAAUUCAUGGCAGAAAUGGUUGCCUCUUUUACUCUUUCCCUUGCAGUCUUGAAAACUGUUGAGUGGAGUAAUCCCCAGAUGCUAAGCCCGAAAAGGAUCAUGCAUUUUCGAAUGCUAUUUGAGGCCAUCUUUGAGUAUCCUGAUAAGCUUAUAUGGAACAUGUUCACGCGUAUAGCUGUCACCCCUGAGCUUGAAACUCUUCGACAAGGCAUGGCGUUCUUCAUCAAGGAGUAUGUUGUGAAAUCCACCAAGAAAGUCAAUAAUAAAUUUAAGGUUGCAAAGAAAGCCCUUAGUAACAUUGAGGGAGUUCUCAUGUGAGCCUCAAUGGUUCCAUUUUUUUUUUCUUUGAGCUUUAAUCAUUCAAUUAUGGUUUUGGUGGACAAGACCAAAUUUUGUUCAUGAAAUUAUAUGUAGUAAGUUUGAAAUUAGAAUCCCAUUUUUAAUUCUUUAUUUU